AUGAGUGAAAACAGGUAUCAAUCGUCUGAUAUGUACACUAUUACUAUUACUGAUGGAAUUCCGCAAAAUUCAAGCGAAGAACGAUAUCUUCAAUUGAUGGAGAAGUUUCAACAACUGUAUGGUCAACACGCAUCUUAUAUAUGUCGUGCACCUGGAAGGGUGAACUUAAUAGGUGAACAUAUUGAUUAUUGUGGUUAUUCGGUUUUUCCAAUGGCGAUUGAUCAAGAUAUUGUUGCUCUAUUUUCUAUUAAUCAUAAAGAUCACGAAAUAAAUUUACAAAAUUCGGAUAAAUCGUAUAGUGAAUCAAAAUUUAAUACUGAACAAUUUGAUAUUAGAAAACAAUUUCCAUUGUGGGAUGAUUAUUUUAAAUGUGGCGUCCAAGGAAUUCGGGAUAAAUAUCCAAAUACGAAACUAAAAGGAAUGAACAUUUUAAUUGAUGGAACAAUACCUAGAAGUGCCGGAUUAUCAAGCUCAAGUGCUUUAGUUGUUUGUGCUUCUCUAACUACGGCAAUUGCUAAUAAUAUAACAAUUGAAAAAAAUGAUUUGGCAGAAUUAUGUGCUGAAUGUGAAAAAUAUAUUGGUACUCAGGGUGGAGGUAUGGAUCAAGCAAGUUCGUGUUUAGCUCGAACAGGUUCGGCUAUGAUGAUUAGUUUCAAUCCGUUGAAAGUUGUUCAUGUUCUUCUCCCGGUUGGUUGUGCAUUUGUUGUUACUCAUUCAUUAACAGAAAUAAACAAAGCUGCUACAGAUCAUUUUAACACAAGGGUAGUUGAAUGUCGAAUUGGUACACAAAUUUUAGCUCAAUCUAAAGGUUUAGAUUGGAGAAAAAUUCGAAAACCGUUUGAAUUACAAGAAGCAUUAAAAUUAUCAUUAUCGGAUAUGGAAAAAUUUGCCGUACAAACAUUUCAUUUAGAACCUUAUACGGUUGAUGAGAUAUGUGCACUAUUAGGUGUUACCGUUCAUGAUUUAAUUGAAACAAGCCUUGGUCCAAAUACGAAACACGUUCAACAAUUUGAAUUACAUAAACGUCUUCGUCAUGUUUUUUCUGAGGCAAAUCGUGUUUUAUUAUUUAAACAAGUAUGUGAUUCGACGGUGCAUGAUGAACAAUCAUUACACACAUUAGGAGAAUUAAUGAAUCAAAGUCAUUAUAGUUGUAGUAAAUUAUAUGAAUGUAGUAGCAGUGAACUGGAUGAAUUAACAGCAAUAUGCCGGGAAAGUGGAGCGCUUGGAUCGAGAUUAACGGGUGCUGGUUGGGGUGGAUGUGCCGUUUCAUUGGUACGACAAGAUAAACUAGAUAUAUUCAUUAAAACAGUGAAAGAAAAGUUUUAUGAUAGCAAUACACAACGUGCUAACAAAGGACAACAGAGUAUAUUUGCCACAUUACCGGGUUGUGGUGUUUACGUUGUUAAAUUAUGA